AUGCUCACCACUCAGGUCACCCAGGUCAAGGCGGUGACCACCACCGCUUUUUUGGGGCCUGGCGGCAGUGGCGGCUACCAGCGGGCGCUUGUGCGGCCGCCCCCGCCGCCCCCGCUGCCACAAGCGCCCCAGCCCGCUCUUACGCCGGCCCCGCUGGCUGCGGAGGAAGCGGGCGCCCCGUACGCGCACCAGCACCCGCGCCUGUACCAGCAGCAGCAGCAGCGGGCACAGCGGACGCAGGCGGCUGAGGCGCAGGCCUUGCCAUGGGGCCGCGCCCUCAAUGGCAGCAGCGGCCCAGCUCGGGGCGUGGUACACGCGGCAACCCCCAACACACAGCAGCGGCCGGCGGCCGCUGCAGCAGAGGCGCGGCCGUUUGCCGAGGCGCUCCAGCAGUGCACCAGCUGGCAGGGCGUGGCCCAGCUCUGGGCCGCGCAGCAGCAGCGACAGCAGCAGCAGCAGCAGCAGCAGCAGCAGCAGCAGCAGCAGCAGCAGCAGCAGCAGCGAGGGGCAGCACCUGGUGUAGCCGGCGCCGCCGCCACCCUCGCGCCAGAGGCGCUGCUGGCAGCCGUCGAGAAGCUGUCCUCUGUGGUGUCCCCCCGCGCACUGGGCACCCGGGCGGCGCAGCAGCUGCGCGCGCUGCUCGGGGAGUUGGCUGAGGGCGCGCGUCCGGGGCUGCCCGGGCUGCCCCACUCACUCGUGCCGCGGCUGCUGGCGGGCCUGACGAAGCUCCAAUACGCAGCCGAGCCAGGCUGGGUGCGGGCUGUCAUGCAGCACGCCGCCACAGGGCUGGGCAGCUACGGCCCCGGGGACUUGGCACUCCUCAUCUCCUACGCGGCUCGCGCAAGCACGGCAGCGUGGGCGGCGGCCGCGUCGCAGCCGGCGGCAAUGGCGCCCCCGCCGCCGCUGGCGGGCGGCCCUGCGGCCGGUGGGCCCGUGACGUUCGCGUGGGGCCGCCCUUCAGUGCAGCGGCAGCAGCAGCGGCAGCAGCAGCAGCAGCAGCAGCAGCAGCAGCAGCAGCAGCAGCAAAGGGCGCAGGCGCAGCAGCAACAGCCGCGGCCGGCGGUCAUCCUGACCAAGGCGUGGCUUGACCAUUUCAUGGCCACAUUUGAGCGCCACCUCGCCGCGCCGCCGCCGCCCCCGGCGCGCAGCACGGGCGGCAGCGCCGCGAGCUCGCCCACGGCCUCCUUGGAUCACGGCGACAGCGCGCCUCACGAGCACAGGCAGGCGGCCGUGCGCGACUCCCAGCGGCAGCAGCAGCAGCAGGCGCAGGCGCUCGCGCCGCAGCACAUGGACGCGGUCCUGUCUGCGCUCGUCGCGCUGCGCGCAGCUCCCGACCCCUCGUGGCUCUACGUCUUCUGCCGGCAGCUGGGGGGCCAGCUCGCCGCCCGCCCGGUGCCCGCGCCCACGCUGAUCUCCAUUGCAUCCAGCCUGGCGGCCCUAAACUACCGCAUGCCCGACCACCUGUCCAACCACUUCGAGCGCGCCGUGACCGCGGCGCUGCCGACGCUCGCGCCGCGCGACCUCCUAGCCGCGCUCCGCGCGCUGGGCGCGCUGCGGGCCCGCCCGUCCGACGCGUGGAUCGGCGCGCUGUUCCGGCGCCUGCUGCUCUCCAGCUGCCACGUCAGCGCGCCGUCGGUCGCGGCCCUGCUCGCGACCGCGGCGGCGCUCGGCUACCAGCUGCAGCACGACUGGGUCGAACUGCUGCUCAUGCAGGCGCGCGGCGCGCUCGGCGGGCUGUCGCCGCACGAGCACGUGGGGCUAAUUGACGCGCUCGCCGCGCAGCGCUACCGCCCGGGGCCCGGCUUCAUGGAGGAGUUCAUGCAGCCGCUUGGCGCGCACCUGCCGCGCCUCGGCUUCGGCCAGCUCGCGGCGCUGCUGGCGGGCCUCGCGGCGGCGGCCUACAAGCCGCCGCCCCAGUGGAUGCGCGCGUGCAUGGUGGCGGCCGUGUCGGCGCCGGCGGGCGCGGACGACGCGCAGCAGCUGCUGCGCAUGCUGGGGGCACUGAAGCGCAUGCAGUACACGCCGACCGGCGACAUCCUGGCGGGGCUCGAGUCCCGCGUCGCGGCCGCGGCGGCUGGCGCCGACCACCGCGCGACGCAGCAGCUGCGCGCGGCGCUCGCGGCGCUCGAGUACAUCCCGCAGACCGCGGCCGCCGCGGCUGCUGCUGCUGCGGCGCCGGCGGCUGUUGGGCAUGACGAGGAGGGCACUGCCAGGGCGGCGCCCGCUGGGCUUCCAGAGGCGGCCACCGAGUUUGCCGCGCAGGGGGCGUCAGAGGACAGCCUGCUGGACUCAGUGGACGAGGAGGAUGAGGGGGUUGGCGGGGACUGGGAGGCGCGGGGUGCAACUGACGUGCGACGCGGGGGCCGCGGGCAGGGCGGGCGCGGCCUGUGGCAGGGGGCGGACCCGCGGGGUGUUGAGGAGAUGCCCGCGGCGGCGGCCGAGGGCGGCUUGCGCGCGGGCCAGGCCCCGGCGCAACCGCUGGAGGUCUGGUCGUGA